UCUCGAAUCCAGAACUUGACCAACACCCGGUAAUCACAAUGUAAAACACAAAAAAAAAAACUUUGGAAAUCGAAGAGUGACCAAGAAGCUAUUUAGCCCAGAGUUAACAAGGAUAACCAUAGUUUAGAUUGCAAAUAAAUACAUCAUAUGGGGGCCUCAUCAUUUCUCUCAGCGUGUAACUGUCCAUGGAUGUCUAGAGUUGUGUGGCGGGAAGUGACAUUUGUUCUGGUGUACCAGGGCUCUUUCUGGAGUGACCCCAUGUCAAAGAAGCAACACAGAAAGCGUGGCAGAGGCUCUCCCCAUGUGGAACAUUGUAAUCUUUUUUGUGGAGGUACGCUGUGGUGCAUUGAGCAGAGCUCUUUGAAGGAUAAGGGUUCCUGUUUUGUUUAGCCCUUGAAUGUAAGAGGGCUCCGGCAGCGCAUGGUCGCAUUUGAUUUUCAAUGGAGAAAUAAUAAUGAUUUUUGACGAGUUCUCGGUAGUUGCGGUUGGCAACUUACAGUUGUUGGGGGCUGAAUUUUUUUUGUUACUGUAAAUCAUAGGAAUUCAUGUCGGGGUAGUACCUCAGUUUAACUGGGGCUCUGCUUGCUGUGGUGUUUUUGAUUCAUUUAGAUGACUGAAGCCGGAUAGAUAUCAUCGAUUUGAUCAUUUUUUAACUUUCAGUACUGCAAGAGAGAGAUUUUUGUUUUAGGGGGAUUGCAGUUUUUCUACUCAAGGAUUUCUCUUUCAAGAUAAAAUUGUAUCUAACUGCAGUCGACUCUGCAAUCCCCAGCAUUGGGACGGAAAUGGGUUUUUGACAAAGAUAUUGAUUCUGGGAGUGCGGUAUCAAGUUAACUUCGAGAAAUAGCUUUCCUACUUCUCAACAUUUGGCUUUUAGGUCAGAAUUGUCUAUAAACAAAUAUGCUUUUGUUCGAAGAAACAUACAUCUGAAUUUAGUGGGAAUUUAAUGGUCUUGUGAAUGUGAGAAGUCUGUUCUAUUUCCGGAGUUAUUUGCUGCAGGAAGUUCUGAAGAAGGCUUCUUAUAUCAGGCUGUGUUAAGUUGUUUUCAAUGUACAUGUGGUGUAUUAAACUCUGCUUGGGUUCAAUGCAUAUAGGAUCACCCAUUUGAUGCUGGUAUAAAGUUCUCCUAGCAUCUGAAGAUGUGGUAAGGUUUCCCCUUCUGGGCAGCUAACAACUGCCAAAAUUGUACAGAGCAGGAUGACGUGACUGUAGCUUUUUAGUCACUGAGUGUUUUCCAGUGUUUCUUCCGGAAUUCUUAUCCUCACAUGUAAAUUGUGACAAAAAUCUCGUAGUAGUAGAGACCAAUUGAGAUUAAGAGUAGACAUUUAAGAUCAGUGAACAGCUCUGCAAAAAUUGUGCAUAUAAGGGUGAGAUAGCAUCUCGUUUUGGUCACAGUGUGUAUUCCAGCAUUUAUUCUGCCAUAUUUAUUGAUAAAUUCAAUUCAGUGCAAGAACUCUCCCGGAAGUCCCCGUUUAGGAUUUGAGGCCAUGAUUUUAUGGGCAAUUUAUCAGCUGCCAAAAUUUAAAGCAGGUGACAAGACCCGUUUGGUCACUGAUUGCUUUACUCUAUUUGUUCUAACAUUUUAAUCCACCCAUAAAAUGUGCUGCAAAAGAAAUAAACUGGAAAUGUAAGAGACCUUUUGGAGCUUGACAGUAAGUUUUAUGGAGAGUGAUCAGCGAUCAAACAGGUUUAAAGCAGCGUGAGAUAAAAAAACAUUAUAUUGGUCAUCGACUGUUCUCGGGCAUUUAUUUUGGAAUUUUUAUCCAUCCUUGUUCUUCACUGCAAAGAAGAAGGGAAUAUUGUUCAAAACAGAGUCUAUUUGAGUUCGAGGUUAAUUUGGUACCUGUUUAAUCCCUACAAACGUUUGGAUGGGGCACAAUUCUCAGCCACCUGGUUUCAACUUUCAGCCUACCGAUCAGGAGCUUGUUGCCCACUAUUUGGAAAGGAAAGUGUAUGGGUGGUCUCUGGAUGGAAACAUCAUCUCAGAGGCAGAUCCAUACACGUACGAGCCUUGGGAGUUGCCUGGUAAAUCUUGUACACGGGGGAGAGACUCAGAGUUGUAUUUUUUCAGCCCCAUAAAUGGAAGAUAUUCCAAGGGAAACCAGUUGUUUCGUGACUACUGGAGAACCAUUGGAAGAGAGGAAAUUAUGUUUGCAUGUUCUGGACCACGAGCGAUUAAGAAGACUAAAAUUUUCUACAGAGAGCAUGAUACACAGAGAGAAAAAACCAGUUGGCAUAUGCAUGAGUAUGUUCUUCAACAUGAUGAUUCAAAGCCCGUGCAGAAUUCUGUUGUUCUGUGUAAAAUCUUCCAAAAGGCUAUACCCAAAAGAGAUGAAGGGUGCACAAGUGAAGUCCCUUGUACAGAGACUGUGGUAAGGUCAUCUUUGGGCAAAGAAAGUAAGUUGCUUACUACACAGCCAACAAACGUCUUCAAUCCCAAUUUUGAUUACAACAGUUCUCAUGGAAAGACAUUAGCUGAGGACGCUUUCAUACUCCCAGGAGAUCCGCUACCCUCUGAUGAUGAGAUACAGAUGUUCUUGAUGAGUAUCCUUUGUGAUCCUGAUGAUAUAACACAAAAUAUUGAAGAAAACAGAUUGGGGGAAACGCCUGUUUAUGAAAACCAGCCUCUCAUGCUGGAGAAAGGAACUUCUUCUGUUAAUGGAGCAUACUCUACGGAAGAUGAUAUUGGUAAACGGCACAUCGAACAAACUUUGAUAGAUGAAAGCAGGCAGUUAUCUUCAUUCUUGUCAGAUCAACAAGAUAUCCCCCCAGAGAUUCUGAGGGGUGAUUUCAUAGAAGAAAAUGAUCUGAAUACUCCACUUGAUUGUGAUUCCAGCAGUUCAGACAUUUAUCAGUGACCUUAUAGUUUUAUCAUGCUUCAGGUAUAAAAUACAAGAUAUACCAGGCUUAGCACAAAUUGCACACUUGGAGUCAAUUUUACAUCAGAGAGCAAGUGUGACAGGCAUACCAGGCUUAGCACAAAUCGCACACUUGGAGUCAAUUUUACAUCACAGAGCAAGAGUGACAGGCAUGUGCAUCUCGAUGAAACAAUUCAUCAAAAGUAAAUGCUCUAUGUCUUGCAUCAUUGGACGUUAAAAAUAAAAGAUUUUGUUGGCAUAGCACUUGUGAACACAAUGCCAAUAGAUUUCAAAAAACUGUGGAUUCAACGUUUGAUCAGUUUGAUUUGAAAACCCAUGUUCAAGAGGAUCAUCUAUUCAAAGAUUGUUGUUAUUAUGGUAGCUGUUAGGUAAAAUCAUUUCGCCUGGAUAUUGUGGAAACUUGCAAUUAGAUCAAUUGAAAAACGACAUCCAAUUCAAUAA